GAUACCGUAUAAGAGUUUAAAUAUAAAAAGGUUCCUUCCAUGGGUUUCCCCAAAAAAAAUAUAUAUAUAUAUUCCUUUCCAUGAUGACGUAGCUGCUUCUGAUUUUUUGCUACAAUUAGUCACUGUCAUUUGGCCGGCAAUGUCUAUAAGAAUAGUUGUCAAACUGGAUGAGUUCAAAAAUGGCGGUGGAAACAGAGACCAGAAAUGGAACCUUGGUGUUUGCUGUUAAUGGUCAGAGGUUUGAGCUUCCAACAGUGGACCCUUCAACUACUUUGCUCGAGUUCUUGCGUUCACAGACUCCCUUCAAAAGUCCCAAGCUUGGUUGCGGUGAAGGUUGUUCUGUUUCCCUCUGAGGUUGUGGUGCAUGCGUUGUGCUACUGUCCAAGUAUGAUCCAGUGCACGACAAAGUUGAGGAUUUUACCAUAAGUUCGUGUCUGACACUACUCUGCAGUAUAAAUAGAUGUUCAAUUACAACAUCUGAAGGCCUUGGAAAUAGCAAAAAUGGGUUCCACCCAAUACACCAAAGAUUCACAGGUUUCCAUGCUUCUCAGUGCGGCUUUUGUACUCCUGGAAUGUGUGUUUCACUCUUUGGGGCUCUUAUCAAUGCUGAGAAAACCAAUCGGUCGGAGCCCCCUCCACCCUUCUCCAAGCUUAAUGUUUCAGAAGCUGAAAAGGCUGUUGCAGGGAACCUCUGUCGCUGUACUGGUUACCGACCCAUUGCUGAUGCCUGCAAGAGUCUUGCAGCUGAUGUUGAUAUUGAGGAUUUGGGGUUGAACUCAUUUUGGACAAAGGAACACAGUAAGGAAGAAAAGAUUAGCAAGUUACCUGUUUAUGACCGUAAUCAUGAGAUUUGUACAUUUCCAGAAUUUUUAAAGAAUGAAAUCAGGUCUGGCAUCACUUUGGAUUCCAAAAGAUAUAACUGGCACAGUCCUGCUAGUGUUGAGGAGCUUCAAAACUUGUUGAAAGUUUAUGAAGGGACUGAGAUAAAAACAGUAGUUAGUAACACUGGGAUGGGAUAUUACAAGGAAAUAAAACCCUAUGACAAAUAUAUUGAUCUGAAACAUGUUCCUGAACUCUCAAUACUUAAGCUUGAUCAAACAGGAGUUGAGAUUGGAGCAGCUGUAACAAUCUCCAAAGUUAUUGAAGCUUUGAAGAAAGAGAACCAACAUGACUUUUACCCAAGAGAUGAGAACGUGUUGAGAAAAAUUGCCAGCCAUAUGGAGAAAGUUGCUUCCGGGUUCAUCAGGAAUACUGCAAGUGUGGGAGGGAAUUUGGUGAUGGCACAAAGGAAACAUUUUCCUUCAGAUAUUGCUACCAUACUUCUCGCUGUUGAUUCAGUGGUAGAUAUCAUGAGCAGUCACCAAUUCGAAAGAAUUACGUUGGAGGAGUUUCUGCUAAGGCCUCCAUUAGAUUUUAGUAGUGUGCUUGUAAAUGUGAAAAUCCCAUCAGUUGGGAAAGUUCUUCCAGAAACCAAUACAAUCUUGCUGUUUGAAACUUAUCGUGCAGCACCCCGACCUUUAGGAAGUGCAUUGGCAUUUUUGAAUGCUGCCUUCUUGGCCGAAGUUUCUCCUUGUGAGACUUCGGAUGGAAUCUUGGUGAAUCAUUGUCAGCUGGCUUUUGGUGCUUAUGGGACUAAACAUGCCAUUAGGGCAAGAAGGGUUGAGGAAUUUUUAAGUGGGAAAAUUCUAAAUGCUGAGGUUUUAUAUGAAGCUAUCCAAUUGAUUAGAGCUACUGUGGUUUCUGAAGAUGGCACUGCAAAUCCUGCUUAUAGGUCAAGCUUGGCUGCUGGGUUUCUUUUUGAGUUCUUUAGCUCUUUGAUAGAUGGUAGUGCUGAAAUUAGCAACGGUUUCUUGAAUGGAUAUGCAAGUACUUCAAUGGCUAAAUGUUCUAAACUAGGUCAGAGUAAUGUCCAAGAUUACUCUAAUAAGAUUCCAACAAUGUUAUCAUCUGCAAAACAGGUGCUGGAAUUAAGCAAAAGCUACUAUCCAGUUGGUGAGCCAAUCAGCAAAUCUGGAGCAGCCAUCCAAGCUUCAGGUGAGGCUGUAUAUGUAGAUGACAUUCCUUCACCAACAGAUUGCUUACAUGGAGCAUUCAUUUACAGCACAAAGCCUCUAGCAAGGGUGAGGAGUAUAAAAGUCAACUCAAAACCACAUCCAGAUGGAGUUGCAGCAGUAAUAUCCUAUAAAGACAUUCCUGAACUUGGAGAGAACAUAGGAUCGAACUUUUUCUUUGGUUCUGAACCCUUGUUUGCUGAUGAGCUUACUCAGUGUGCUGGUCAGCGUGUUGCCUUUGUGGUUGCGGAUGCACAGAAACAUGCAAAUAUGGUUGCAAACUGUGCAGUGGUUGAAUAUGGAAUGGAAGAUCUAGAGCCACCUAUUUUGUCUGUAGAAGAAGCUGUUAAAAGAUCUAGUUUCUUUGAUGUCCCUCCUUUCUUUUACCCACAACCAGUUGGUGAUAUAUCAAAGGGAAUGGCUGAAGCUGAUCACAAGAUUGUAUCUGCUGAGAUCAAACUUGGUUCUCAAUACUAUUUCUAUAUGGAGACACAAACUGCUCUUGCAGUACCAGAUGAAGACAACUGCAUUGUGGUUUACAGUUCAAUCCAGAAUCCUGAAUUUGCUCACAGUGUUAUUGCAAAAUGUCUGGGUAUACCUGAAAAUAAUGUCCGCGUUCUUACCAGAAGAGUUGGAGGUGGCUUUGGUGGAAAGGCUGUAGCUGCCAUUCCUGUUGCAACAGCAUGUGCUCUUGCAGCACACAAGUUACACCGCCCUGUCCGGAUGUAUAUGAAUCGCAAAACCGAUAUGAUAAUGACAGGAGGAAGGCAUCCCAUGAAAAUCACUUAUACUGUUGGAUUCAAGGCUGAUGGAAAGAUUACUGCUUUGCAAAUAGAAAUAUUGAUCGAUGCAGGGAUUUCACCAGAUAUGAGUCCACUAAUGCCACACACCGUAUCAAGUGCACUUCAGAAGUAUGAUUGGGGUGCUUUAUCCAUCAACAUAAAGGUAUGCAAAACAAACAAUACAAGUAAGUCUUCAAUGCGGGCACCUGGCGAUCUACAGGGAUCAUUUAUUGCAGAAGCUAUAAUUGAACAUGUGGCAUCAACCCUUUCAUUGGAAGUUGAUUCGGUCAGAAAUGUUAAUCUUCACACAUACAACAGCCUUAAAUCAUUUUACAGGGAUAGGGCUGGUGAAAAUCUGGAGUAUACUUUACCCUUGCUAUGGGAAAAGUUAGCCGUAUCUUCAAGCUUUGACAAAAGGGUUGAAAUGGUGAAAGAAUUUAAUAGGUGCAACAAAUGGAAAAAGAAGGGAAUUUCUCGUGUACCUAUUUUUUAUGGAGUGUCAUUGAGACCAACUCCAGGGAGGGUAAGCAUACUAAAGGAUGGCUCUAUUGUCGUUGAAGUUGGGGGGAUUGAGAUAGGCCAAGGGCUGUGGACAAAGGUAAAACAGAUGACAGCUUUUGGACUCAAUACAAUCCUUGGUAGCGAAGAUGGAGAUCUCUUGGACAGAGUGCGGGUCAUACAAGCUGAUACAUUAAGCUUAAUUCAAGGGGGUAUCACUGGUGGGAGCACUACAUCAGAGUCAAGCUGUGAGGCAGUUAGACUGUGUUGUAAUAUUCUGGUUGAGAGGCUGACUCCUUUCAAGGAGAGGAUGCAGAAGCAAAUGGGACCUAUCAAAUGGGACACACUUGUUUCUCAGGCACACAUGCAAUCUGUGAAUUUAUCAGCAAGUACUUUCUAUAUCCCUGAUGCAUCAUCAAGUUCAUACCUAAACUAUGGAGUAGCAGUGAGUGAGGUUGAGGUGAAUCUUCUGACCGGAGAAACCACAGUUUUGCAAGUGGAUAUUAUAUAUGACUGUGGAAAGAGUCUCAACCCUGCCGUGGAUUUAGGACAGAUUGAGGGAGCUUUUGUUCAAGGAAUUGGGUUUUUCAUGUCUGAAGAAUACCUUACAAAUUCUGAUGGAUUGGUGAUUACUGACAGUACGUGGUCAUACAAGAUUCCUUCCAUGGACACCAUACCCAAACAGUUCAAUGUUGAAUUACUAAACAGCAGCCAUAAUGAAAAACGUGUUCUUUCAUCGAAAGCUUCUGGUGAGCCACCAUUACUGCUAGCAGUUUCUGUUCAUUGCGCUACAAGAGCUGCCGUUAAAGAAGCAAGAAAACAGCUUCUUUCAUGGAGCGGACAAGAUGGAUCAGAGUCAAUAUUCCAACUGGAUGUUCCAGCUACUAUGCCUGUAGUGAAGGAGCUUUGUGGGCUUGACAUUGUGGAGAAGUACUUGAAGUGGAGUUUAGGAAGGAAAAACUGAAGGAGCUUUGUGGUGUAAGAUGCAGACAGAAACUUCAAAUUUUUAUUUACACACGAGGUUCAAAAAAUGGUUUGAAUAAAUCCAUUCUAUAUGUAAUCAGAGUUGAACCCAUUUCCUAUUGUUUUCUUUUUUAAAAAACAAUUGUUUCCCAAAUCUGUUUACUGUAUGAAAUAAAAAAGGGAGGCAAUUUAUGUGCUUAAAUAAGUAUAAUUAUGGAAAGAAAGUAAUGUUUGUUCUUGUUGAAAUAUACUAUAAAUUUAUUUCUCUUA